UCGCGCAUAAGCCUCUAAUUACGGCCGUGGUGUGGGAAGGGCGCACCACCGAACAGAAAACCGGCCGGCACUUUCAAUCAACUAACUGCAUCAGCGUAGCCCGCGUGUGCUUCGAAUUUCUUGAAUCAAGGCCGCCUCGAUUUAACUAGUUGAGCAAAAUGACCAUCGAUCUGUAUUACCAACCCGGCAGUGCCCCUUGCAGGGCUGUUCUUUUGACGGCCAAGGCGCUCGGCGUCCAACUAAACCUGAAAUUGUUGGAUCUGAUGAAAAGCGAACAUCUGACACCCGAAUUCCUAAAGUUAAAUCCGCAACACACCAUCCCGACUCUGGUCGACCAAGGCUUCGCCAUUUGGGAAAGCCGCGCCAUCUGCACGUAUUUGAUAAGCGCGUACGGCAAAGAUGACUCGCUCUACCCUAAAGACCCGAAAAAACGCGCUGUCGUCGAUCAAAGACUCUUUUUCGACAUCGGCACCCUUUAUGCCAGAUUCGCCGAUUAUUUUUACCCGCAGAUGUUCGGUGGCGCGCCGGCAGAUAGCGCCAAGCUCGACAAAAUCAAAGAGGCCUUCAAGUUCUUGGACACAUUCAUCGGAGGCAACGACUACGUCGCAGGUUCGACUUUGACCGUCGCCGAUUUGUCACUCGUCGCUACCGCGUCGACUAUUAUUGAGGUUGCCGGCGUGGACGUCUCCCCGUACAAAAAUGUUGCCAGAUGGUACGGCAAAGUGAAAGCCACUGCCCCCGGAUAUAAGGAGGCGAACGAAACCGGACUCAACCAGUUCAAGGGAUGGGCCGACAGCUUGCUGAAAAAAUAAACAAGGCGCGUAACUUGCAAAAAGCCACACGCACCGUAUUGUCAAAAUCGCAUCGCACCGAUUAAUUAUUGCUAGUUUUGAUUAAAGUUUUCCAAUCGCA